CUGUGAAUGAAUGGGAGGGAACCGGAAGCCCAGAACCGACGGGAAGCUGUUUAGAGGAGCGAGCUGUACCUACAGAGAAGAUCCCUCUCCGCACCGUCCCUCCUCGGCAUACAGGCAUCUGACACACACACACAUAUUCAGACCUCUUCCCUCCUUCCCUUCUCCCUCCUUCCAACCUUCCGAGAGGUGUCUUGGGUGUUGCUGAAAGGCCAGGAGAUUUCUUUUCCCCCAGGGUGGAGACCGAGACGGGGUAGGUCGAAAGACUCUGGAGGGACCGACGGCCACUGGCCUGGGAGAGGUAUCUAUGGGCAGACAGGAGCGGUGGGAAGAAGGGGGAAGGCGGAGACUUGAGGGAUGGCAGAUACUGCUGCCGUCUUUUUUUCCUCCUCUGCUGCUGUGCUAGCAGUUCCUGUGCAUGCAUCCAAUAGGCCCUUGAGCUUCCUCUAGCAUCCACGCAGGCCCUCCUUGCUACCAGAUGAGCUCAAGCCCAGGGCCUGAUCACGUGGGUGUCGUUCCUAAGACCAUGUGCUUUGAGGAAGCAGAAACAGGAGGGGAAAUUUUAAAAGAGAGAAGACUUCUUCUAGGUUGUCAAGAGACUUGGUUCCAGUCCAGGCUUUGCCAUAUCAGUUCACAGUCAGGACCUUACUUUUCUCAUUUGUAAGAUAAGAGCUUUGGACUAAACUCAAUUAAACAGAUUUGUUAAGUUUCUGCUACGUGCAAGGCAUUAUGUUUCUCCACCAGGAAUACAGAGAUUUUUUUUAAGUGACACAAUUCCCCACCUUAAGGGAUUUUAACUUAAGGGGCACAACAUGUAUCCACCCUAAGAAUAGUAACAGGUAAACUGGAAUGGAGACAGUGGAGGGAUCUAGACAAAGUUUUCUAGGAAAAUUUGAGAUGGAAGAAAACAUUUUUUGAGAGAGGAGGGGACAAGGCAUUGAGGUUGCCAGGUCAGGGAAUUGACUAAAGGUGCUUUCCAUCAUCUUCACUAGGUGAUUCUGAGGAUGGGGUGGGGAAAGAAUGUUGUUUGUCUAUGGACUUUCCAAGGGGGUCAGUUUAAAGGCAGGAUCCUUUUGUCAUUGCUCUAACAAGCAAUAGGGAAAAGAGACUGAAGGGGCCAAGCUCAACUCAGGAUUAGAAUUGUCGAUCAAUAAGCAUGUAUUAAGUACUUACUAUGUGGUAGCUUCUGGAAAUAUGAAUGUAAAGAAUGUAAUCACCUCCACUAUCAAGAAGCUUAUAUUCUAUCUUUCCUAAAAUUGCAUGGAUACAGCAUUUAGACUACACAGCUAUUAUUGCUUCCUACCUUCUUUUCUAGUAGGACAUCUCUGAGAUAUUUUUUGCACUAUAUCUUAUACACAAUUCUUUGUCAGCAGUAUGCUGAGUCUUAUUCAUGACCACUCUACAUCUUUCCAUUGCCCUUUCAGUAAUACAUGAUUUUGAUUUUCCAAAGAUUAUGGUAUUCCAUUAUUCAAACACAGCAUCACUGGAAGAUUGAGGUUAAAAGUCAGGUUUCUAUGAUAUCUCAAAUAUAAUCCAGCCUUUUCUUUCUUAUUCAGUUCAGUAUAUAUCUUUGGUGUUUGGCCAAGAUCUAUGUACAGUGAUCAAUUCUGUCGGUUGAACAACCAACUACAUAUAAGUUAACAGGGUUUGCAAUGGCCUGUAGGCUAAAUAGACCCACCCUCUGCCUAUUUUUGAAUAGUCUCCUCAGCUUGGAAUAGUUUUUACCUUUUUAAAUAACACUUUAUUGUAUUUUUAAAUAUACAAGCCAUUCUUAGGUCACAGGCCAUAUAGAAACAGGCUUGGGCUAAAUUGACCCAUUUGGUUUGCCAGCUCCUACUAUAGUAUAUAAAAUAAGUGUUCCUCAUUGGAUUAGUGUUCCCUGUGUGUAUAGUUAGAUCUAACUCUUUUGAAUGGUUACAUAUCUCACUUAAGUAGCUAGAAGUUGAUACAGUCUGCACUCUUAUCUGUAAACAGAAAUAUCUGGAGGAUCUUAAUAUCUAUAGGGAAUCUCACUUCUAUUAGGCCUUUGCACUGGACAUCCUUUAUGAGUUGGUACAUAAUUUUGACAAGAAUGUGUCUUCUUAUUUUAUUUCUUGUUUAAUAUUAAGUACCAGAGAAUUAUUGAACAAUUUUAUCUGUUUUCUUGUCCAAGGAGUCUUGUAUCAUUAGCAUAUGCAUGGUGAUGUCUUUACUUGUUGGAGGAAAGCUUUUAAAAUGUUAUUUUGCUUCAUCAAGUGUUUUUUUAUGGUGAGCAAUUUUUAAGGUUCACAGCAAACAGUAAGCACAGUAGGAUCAUGUAUUUCUUGUAGCUUUUUGUCAAUGGUAUGACUAUAAAGAAGAAGUCUGUCACAGAUUACCAUUUGUAAGAACCUAUCCUUUGGCUUCUAGUACUUUCAAGGAUCACUUUAAUAUGUUUAUUGAUUAUUCUCAUUGCAUAGAUAUGAAAAAGUAGGUGUUUGACUUAUUAGUUAUCAGUAUUUUCUUGAUUACUACAUUCAUUUUUUUUCAAGAGUUUAGUGUCUUCACCUUCAGAUAUUUUGAGAAUUAACCUAUCAAAGCCAAUGGGUGGUGGUUUGGGGGCCAAUUGUGUCAUUUCAGAAUAGACUUACUGUAUACUUAGUCUAGUAUAGUUGGUCUUCCUAUCUAUCAUUUCUGCAUCCUUUUGUAGCAUGUUGGGGACAAUGGUAUUUGAAUCCAAAUAUAAUUCCAUUAUCACUGGAGAAAAUAGUUUGUUAUAGAAACCUUGACAGAUCUUUUCCAUUUUUUUGUCUUUGUUGUCCUCUUUCUAGUUUCAUCUUUAAAUGGAUGAUCUUGGUUUAAAUUGAGUAUCUUAUCAAACUUUCCAUAAAUUUAUUUUUUCCUUUCAGCUGUUUCUUACUAUCCUGAGAUGAUAGUACUUAUAACCUUCCCAGAUCCAAUAAAAUGUCACAAGUGAAUUAUUUAAACAUAUUGACCUUGGCUGCCUGCAAUGGUUUUUAGACUCUUUUUGGCUUCUUCAUUCUGGCAAUUGAUUUAUAUCACUUAAAUCUCUGUAGGGAUUGGUAUAAUUGGUGCCUUUAUCCAUUUCCUUUUUUUCCAGUGUCAAUACUUUGUUUAUAUAGGUCAAGUUUGGGUUGUUUUAAAUAUAAUCUAUAUAAUUUUCUCAUUUUUAUUCUAAUUUGGGAUUGAUCUUGAUCUUUGCUCCAACACAUUGAUGGUUUUACUAUGCAUAGAAAAAUAGCUGAUUUGGAAAUGACUGUGACAUUGGUAACCAGGUAUAUCCUGUUUAUUAAGAUAUAACAAAUUUCAUUUAUUGUGCUGUUUGUAGAUGCUUUCCUUCUCCUGACUUCCUUUUUCAAGUAUUCAUGAUACAUAGACAGACAGUAUCUGUCAUCUAUCUACAAGACUUUGGUCUCUUAGCCAUAUUUUUCCCAAUAUGUUUUCUUUUUCUACUAUCUCUAUUCUCCAAUAUUCACCUUUGUAUCUGAAGUCCAUGAUUUACAUUUGGAAGAUCUUAUUUAGUUCUUUGAAGAACUUCCCUACUAUCCUCUGCAAGAAAUGUUGAUAUGUAAGCUAAAGAUAUCUUAAUAAUAACUGAGUUUUCCCAAAAAUUCUUAAUAUGAGCAUUUCAAUAUGAGAUGAAUGGUCUAUGAAAUUAUGUUUCUUUUUGCCGUUGGACCAUGAUGCAACUAACUAGAACAGCUCCAUUUUUCCCCCUCUUUCUGCAAGGAAAAACUAUAAUCUAUUCUUCCAUUUAGACAAUUUCCUUGUAUUUUUUGGUUUCAGUCAUAAAAAUUUCAUUAUUGAUGUGAUUAAUUUCUUUCAAUAUAUUAACCUAUCAGAUUUUGGACAAGGAUAAGACACUUAUGGUGUCAACAUUACUGUUUAUAAAUUAUCUAAAAACUAUGAUUCUUAGCAUCUUCUGCCCUCCACUAUUCUGCUUUUGUAAGUUCAAAACCAGAGCUCAUAGGAUUGAGGUCUAUUUUGUUCUUUUGUUUCAUCAGUUACCACAACCAAAGAAUUCACCACCUGUUGGCCAUCCUAAUGGUGAUAAAAUUCUCCUUACUUAGGUUGACUGGACCCUCAGAAAAUACUCAUAGUUGCUGGGACUGACUUUAAAGGUUUUCUUCCCCCUUUCUUUUUUAAACCCUUACCUUGUUUAUGUUGGCCUAGGUGGCCUCUGGAGUUUCUUCUGACUGACAUCCUAUGUGCUUUUAAGAGAACCAUGGAUAGAAUUGAAUCACCUUUGUGCCCAAGUGAGACAGCAGAGUAGGGCUUUUGUGGGCACUUCCUGUUCAGUGACUCUUAAGUGUAUAAUAGCUAAUUGGAUUUUUAAAAUUAAGUUUAUUUAAUUAAGUUAUUUAGGAUAUUUUCCAUGGUUACAUGAUUCAUGUUUUUUCCUUCCCAGCCCCCUCUAAUAGCCAAUGAGCAAUUCCACUGGGUUUUACAUGUGUCAUUGAUCAAGACCUAUUUCCAUAUUAUUAAUAUUUGCACUAGAGUGAUCAUUUAGAGUCUGCAUCCCCAAUCAUAUCCCCAUCGAACUAUGUGAUCAAGCAGUUUUUUUUCUUCUGUGUUUCUACUCCCACAGUUCUUUCUCUGGAUGUGGAUAGAAUUCUUUCUCAUAAUUGUAUUUUUUAACUAAAAAUUUCUAGGUAGGCUGUGCUCCAAGGAAAGAGCAUUGAGGUAAAGGUCAGCAGGUAUCAUUAUCAUGGCAAAUAUCUAUUCUGUACCUACUAUGUGCUCACUGCAUUCUAAUCUUGCUUUUAUUUUAUUAUAUAAGGAAAAUUAGUCCUCUACUUAUCUCAGUCCUACCUGUCCUUCAAGCCAUGCCUCCUCUAUAAAGCCUUCUUAGACUAUUCCAGAGCAUGGUGAACUCUCUCUCCUUUUAUCCUCUGGGACAUUUAUUCUCUGCAUCAGUCAUUUUGCAUAUUAUUUUACUUCAAGACCAUGAUUAUAAUAAGUUCCUUCUCUUCCUAUUCUGAAGAUUCAUAAAUCUAGGUAUGUGGAAUUUUAUUACAGCCUGCAGCAUCAGAGAACAUAACUUUUUCUUACAUGUGUUUAUUUCAGUCUAUGAAAUUUCAGUCUAUUUCAGAACUAUGAAGUUCCAUAAAACUAACUAUUAUACUACCUCCCUUAAUGUAGAGUCUUAUGGCAUUGCAACUAGUUUGCAAACUCUCUGAGAUCUAGAUCCCAAGAAACUUGUCUCAUUUAAUUUUUGUAUUGAUCUGGUACCUAGCACAAUCGUCUAGAGUAGCUGUUUUUAAAAUGUUUCUUGUUGAAUUAUUGGUGUACAUUUCUAAGAUCCUCAUGUUACUCACAGUGACAUAGAUUUAGAAUCAGCAGCAAGGUAUCUCAAUAGAAAGAGUAUUGGGCUAGGAGUCAGAAAGACUCAUCUUCCUUGAAUCCAAAUCUGUCCUCAGACGCUUCCUAGUUGUGUGACCCUGGGCAAGUCACUUAACUGUUGUCUCAUGAGGUUUCUUGUCUUUAAAUUGAGCUGGAGAAGGAAAUGGCAAAUCACUCCAGUAUCUUUGCCAAGAAAACCCUAAAUGGGGUCACAAAGACUUAGACAUGACACUUAAUGACAUGGAUUUAGAACCAGACAGAAUCUUAGCAUUCAUUAGUCUAAAAUUUUUUCUUUUUUCUUUAAAAAUAAAUGUUUUUCCCAAUGACAUGCAACAAUUUUCAGUACAAGUUUUCCAAAAUUAUAAGAUCCAAUUGUCACCUUUCCCUCCCCCCUCUUGGAGAUGAUAAGCAAUUUUAUCUGGGUUAUACGUGCAUUAUCAUGCAAAACUUAUUUCCAUAUUGGUCAUUGUUGUAAGAAAAUACUCAUAAAACCAAAACCCCCAAAUAAAAACAAAAAUAAAAUAAAGUGAAAAAUAGCAUGCUUUGAUCUGCAUUCUGAUUCCAACAGUUCCUUCUUUAGAGGUGGGUAGCAUUCUUUGUAUUAAGUCCUUCAGAAUUGUUCUGAAUCAUGUAUUGCUGAGAGUAGCCAAAUCCUUCACAGUUGAUCAUUCAACAAUAUUGCUGUUACUGUGUGUAUAAUGUUCUCCUGGGCUGGUUCUGCUUAUUUCACUCUGCAACAGUUCAUGUAGAUCUUUUCAGCUUUUUCUGAAAUCAUCCCUUUCAUCAUGUAUAGCACAGUAGUAUUCCAUCACCAUCAUAUAUCACAAUUUGUUCAGCCAUUCUCUAAUUGAUGGGCAUCCCCUCAGCCACCACAAAAAGAGCUACUACAAAUAUUUUUGCACAAGUACAGAAAUCUUUUUGGGACACAGAUCUAGUAGUGAUAUUACUGGGAAAGACUUCAAAGAUCAUCUAUUCUACCAUAUUCAUUUUACAGUUGAGCACCUUGAAGCCCAAAGAAAUUAAGGGUCUUGCUCAAGGUCAUGCAGCUUGUUACUGGCAGAUUACAGACCAGAACCUCAGGUUCCUGAUUCCUAAUCUGUUUUUCUUUUAACCUACUCAAUUGAUGGGUCCCCUACUGUUCUUGUUUUCUAUUCACUAUAGAAACUAUAGUUCCUUUUCUUUGCUCUAACUUCUUAAACCCUCAAUGUAGCCAUAAUCCCAUUUGCAAUUGGCUUCCAUUCAAUCAAGUAUUCAGAAUUCAUUUAUUGAACACUUACUGUUAAUUCGACACACAAUAGGCAUUGAAGAGGAUUCAAAAAGAAACAACAGGGAAAAGGAAUGUGUAUGGACCAUAAUAGGAGCUGUCCAAUUUCAUAGAAGGGAGAGAUCCAUGUGGAUCCGUGAGGUGGCCUUAACUAAGAUAAAAACAUAGAGAAAUGGAGGAAGAGUGAAAGGGAAAUAAGAAAAUGUAGCAUAACAAAUUAAGAAUUGCCACACUGUCAGAAUCAUAGUCACUCUAGUCCAUAUCAAUCAAGAAACACCAUGCGUAUGCAAGGCCCCAGGUUAGUCCAAUAUUUUUUUCUGAGACAGCAAGGGAUAGUACAUUGGAAAAUGUGAGUUAUUUUUCAUGAUACCAUCCUCAGAGAUGAGGCAUGAAACCCCCAAAUCCAUUACUUUUAACAUCUCUUACUACUCUUGGGGUACAAAAUUGGGAACAGUAACCUUUGAUAACUAUGAGUGCUAGCUGAUAAAUUGAAGACAAAAUUGCAACUAAGGCAACACUUGAUAGCACUGGGGCUGUCAAUUAUCUUUGUCCUAAAUUGUUCCAAUCCCAUCUUGAAUUCCUACCCUAACCCCAACCCCUAACCCAGCUUCAGCCCUAUCCCUCUCACCACCAAAUAAGGAAGCAGAGUCCUUCUUAAGAGGAAUUUUCAAAAACACCUCAGCCAGUAACCAUGGUUUCUAAGCCUGCUCUGGGAAAGGUAUUUGAGCAAAUGACCUGGAGUUUCUACUUGGAGUACAUUUCUGACCCUGAGCAUCCUGUAUGGCCCCAGCUUCUGCUGAACUUGAGGGCUAUGGCAUCUACAAGUCCCCGGAUGGAGCCACUACCUGAACUUUAUGACAGAAACCUUUUCAAAAGAGAGACAUCAGACUCAAUGGGAUUUGGGCCACUUUGGUGCUCCUCCUUAUAACUCCAGAGCCCCAAAGUGGGUGGCCAUGAAGGGAGUUAUCAGUUUUGUGGGCAGCUUGGGGAAGGUGCAUUUUUUUCCUACUUGAAGAAGAUGAAUUUUUCCAGUGUGGAGUUUGCAAAGAUCUGAAAAAGUAUGAAGAUUUUUUGUGCUGCAUACAGAGGAGGAUGCUCUACCAUGCAAGGCCUUCCUGAAAAGAAGCAGGGUGGCAUCCAUCCUCAUCCCAAUUCAAGUCCUUGAAAGAGUGGGGGAUGAAUGACCCAUGAGGAGGUGUGUGAAAAAAUUGGUGAGGAAUAGGCCUAGAAGAAAGAUGGAGAAGAGCAACUCUAGGACAGAAGAAUGAUUGGGACAAGUUGGAGUAUGGGGAAAAAUAGUAGAUACAGGUGAAUAAUGGCAGAUACAGGCCUGAUUGAGGCAGGGGCCUCAGCGGCCUCAGCAGCCACAGCCUUGGAGAACUUACAGGUAGAGGCAAGCUGUUCAGUGUGCCUGGAGUACCUGAAGGAGCCUGUCAUCAUUGAAUGUGGGCACAAUUUCUGCCGAGCCUGCAUUACCCGUUGGUGGGAAGAACUGGAAAGAGACUUCCCCUGCCCCGUUUGCCGAAAGACAUCACGCUAUCGCAGCCUCCGGCCCAAUAGGCAACUAGGCAACAUGGUGGAAAUCGCCAAACAACUACAAGCUGUCAAGCGGAAGACCCGAGAUGAGAGCCUCUGCCCCCAGCACCAUGAAGCCCUUAACCUCUUUUGCUGCGAGGACCAGGAACCUGUAUGCUUGGUGUGCGAGAUCUCCCAUGCCCACCGGGCUCACACCAUCGUGCCACUGGAUGAUGCUGCACAGGAGUACAAGGAGAAGCUGCAAAAGUGUCUGGAGCCUCUGGAGCAGAAACUGCAGGAGAUCACCCAGUGCAAGUCAUCUGAAGAGAAGAAACCUGGGGAGCUCAAGCGUCGAGUAGAGACUAGGCGGCAGCAAAUUGCUGGGGAGUUUGAAGAAUUACAUCGACGGCUAGAGGAAGAACAGCAGCUUCUGCUCUCCAGACUAGAGGAGGAGGAACAAGAUAUCCUGCAGAGACUUCGGGAAAAUGCUGCCCAGCUAGGGGAGCAACGUCGGGACCUUGCCCGCCUUGCUGCUGAGAUUGAGGGCAAGUGCCUACAGUCAGGGUUCGAGAUGCUCAAGGACGUCAAAAGCACACUGGAAAAAUGUGAGAAGGUGAAGACCAUGGAGGUGACCUCGGUCUCCAUUGAGCUGGAAAAGAACUUCAGCAGCUUCCCCCGACAGUACUUUGCCCUAAGGAAGAUCCUUAAACAGCUGAUGGCGGAUGUGACCCUGGACCCAGAGACAGCUCACCCUAACUUAGUCCUAUCAGAGGACCGAAAAAGUGUCAAGUUUGUGGAAACUCGUCUCCGGGACUUGCCUGAUACACCUCGGCGCUUUACCUUCUACCCCUGUGUCCUGGCCACAGAGGGCUUCACCUCAGGUCGUCACUACUGGGAGGUGGAGGUGGGUGAUAAGACCCACUGGGCAGUAGGUGUGUGCCAGGACUCCGUCAGCCGAAAAGGCGAGCUAACGCCACUACCUGAGACAGGUUACUGGAGGGUGCGACUGUGGAAUGGGGACAAAUAUGCAGCCACGACCUCACCUUUCACCCCUCUCUGCAUAAAAGUGAAACCCAAGCGGGUGGGUGUAUUCUUGGACUACGAGGCCGGCACACUGUCUUUCUACAAUGUCACUGACCGCUCCCACAUCUAUACUUUUACUGACACCUUCACUGAAAAACUCUGGCCACUCUUCUACCCGGGUAUCCGGGCUGGGCGGAAGAAUGCAGCUCCUCUUACCAUCCGGCCACCCACAGAUUGGGAAUGAUGAUGGGAAGGGACAGGGUGGGAUGUUGAAGUUAUGAAGGUGACCAGGGAGACAGGUAUUUGGAACUGUGUCUCUUAAUUGCCUGUGUCCUGCUGCUAGAGGUUUCCUUACUAUCAGGCUCAUGUCCUGUAUCCUCCUGGAAAAGAUGAGGUAGUGGGAGGGAAGAUUAUCCUAGGAAAGAGAGACUGGGCCUGGAAGAGAAAGUCUCAGAUCACACCUGGAAACUGGUCUCUUCCCAUUAUGUGAAGAGGGGGAAGUGGUUUACUGAAGGUGAGGAUGUCUUGGUUGCCUGCACUGUGGUCCACCAGUUUCCUCAUUGUAAGAGGACUUUAGGGCUCCCUUCCUUCAAAAAAGGAAGUAGGAACCUUGAAGCCUCUGCUCACCCAUUUUGGGUGGUUCUAUAUGUCCAGGACAGUUUUGUUCCUUUGAGGGAAUCAGAAUAAUCUGUAUCCCUAGAAUGAAAUAAAAGUGAAUUGUCAGUCACAUGGGAAGAAGACUGUUGGUCUGGGGCAAGGGCUAAGAGAAGAUGGAGAAAGGAAAGUUAGUGAAGGGAUUUGAAGAGGAGCCAGAGGUUCCAGCCAUAGGGAAAAAUAGAACAUUAUUCUUCCAACUUUCAUGGGGCCAUCCUAUUUCAGACAUGCCACUGGUGAGGGUGGUGAAGGGUAGAGGCAGAAAAAUUUAAGCCCAGAAAGGCAGAGAUGCCACCCAAAAUUAAUUAGUAAUAAGAGAUGGAGGAAGGAAUUAUUUCUCCUUGUCCUGGUCCUACAGGAGGCUUGGAUAGCUUUUAGCUAGAGUACAAAGGUAGUGGAGAAGUAGCAUGAUAAAGGGGGAAAUGCUGGGAUUUGUAUUGGGGAGACAUAGGUUCAAAUCCUAGUUCUGCCUUUUAGUUGUUGGGCCAGCUCUUUUUUCCAAACAUCAGUUACCACCAUCUGUCAAAUGAUGGGGUUGAACUAGAAACAUAACCUCUGAGGUCCCAUCUUUUUUUAAUACUGGCUGUGCCAUUAAUGGAACUAGGAAGCAUUGCUCCUCACCAUCCACACACAACACUUACGGCUAGGGUGGGCAGGGCUACAAUAAAUCAUAACUGGGUUUCCUACAACCUGUUUUGAAAUCCUGGCCCCCCCCCAGUUUCUACUCAAAUCUAUUACCUACCAGGCUCAAAACUAGGUUUAGCCAAAGUAACCUGAAGGCAAAUAUGUUGCCAAAAGCAUUACAUAUUCCAAAAUCAAAUUGUCUAUGGCUGCAGAUAAUAAAGAUUUCACAUAUAAGUAAGCAUCAAUAUGACAAGUUUAA